AUGGUAUCGACAUAUUCGAAUAAGAAGAAUUGGUACAAGUCUGUGGAAGAAUGUAGAAAAGUUGAUGCAGAAAUGUUUAAUUUAACACAUGCGAUCACCAAUCUCAACAGUGUUGAAGGAAACUGGGUUUCACACACUGGCAAGAAUCUGACAUUCGAUCUUACCUUAUGGGGUCCAGGUGAUCCGCCAGAAGAACCCGUUUUUACCAUAAUAACAACUAGUGAUAAGAUAUAUGCCGGAGAAGACAUCAUCCUUUCUUGCUCAGUUGACGGUGGAAUACCUGAACCAGUCAUUAGUUUGGAGAAAAAUGGUCAGUAUAUGAAAACAGAGGAAACAUGGCAGCAUUCCCGCGAUACAGUUGUGUUCGUGAGAAAUACGUCCUUCACCUUAUCAUAUGACGACAACAACGCCACAGUAAAGUGUAUAGUUAAUUACAAUGGAGACGUCCUUUACCAGCAGAAUGCCACUUUAAAUGUGAUGUAUCCACCAAUAAUUACGGUACAAGACUAUGUCGAGGUCAACGAAACAGACGACGUCGUCAUCAAAUGCACUGUUACUUCUAACCCCGCAUCGCCUGUAUGGUGGACAAGACCAAACUACACUGACAAAUCAAACGAUGGGACAUUGAACUUGACAAGUAUAUACCGUAACGCAAUUGGCAGUUACAUAUGCAAUGCUGAGAAUGAGAUCGACUCAGUGCAGAAUACAACCGUGAUAUAUAUAAAUGCUCCACCGAAGUUGUGUCUGUAUCAGUAUGAAGCUACUGAGGAAAACCAGACAGUCCAGAUAAAAUGUUCGGGUACCGGAAUUCCAACUCCGAACAUUACAUGGCAUAACUCCUCUGAACUAAUAACUGACAUGGUUAUUCAGACUGGUAUCGAUCCCAGCAACUCGUAUUUAGUGGUCAGUGAGUUGAAAGUUUCUGUCUCUGGGAAUGAUGAUAUCGUUGGAUAUAGAUGUAUGAUCACCAAUGAACAUGGCAAAGCACAGAAAACAUUCAGAAUCCGUAGGAAGCUGAAAUGCAGAUGUCGUUCUAGGAUUCUAAAGAACUGCGCACCAUUGGAGUUUACACCAGUCGAACUAAAAGUGGAAAUGGAAGACACUGAAAAGAUACUUAUGGUGAAAAAAGAAAAAUUAACAGUUCAUAAAAUGAAAAUGAUCUCCGGGCAUGAUGGCCGAUCUUCCUCUUUCCUGAUUGGCACAGUGGGAGUUAUUGUCCUGGUUACCCUUGGUGUCAUAUUGAUUGUCUUUGAUUUGUGUGGAUACUUCGUCAUCAACCGAAAAAUCAAACCUGCAUAA